AAGACAGAGGCUGAAAUUCAGGAGAUGAUCCAGAAGAGACAACUGAAGAUUGAAGAGAUCAAACACUCAGUUGACCUCAGUGAGGAAGCUGCAGACAGAGAGAAAGCAGAAGGUGUUCAGGUCUUCACCGCUCUGAAGGAGUCUGUUGAGAGAAGCCUGAAUGAGCUCAUUGAGACGAUUGAAGAGAAGCAAAGAACAACAGAGAAACAGGCUGAAGACUUCAUCAAAGAGCUGGAACAGGAAAUCUCUGAGCUGAAGAAGAGAAGCUCUGAGGUGGAGAAGCUCUCACACUCUGAAGACCACCUCCACCUCCUCCAAAACUUCCCGUCCCUGCAAGCUGCUCCACCCACCAAAGACUGGACAGAGGUCAGCGUCUGUGCAUCAUCAUAUGAGGGGACUGUGAUGAAAGCUGUGGCUCAGCUGGAGGAGACGCUCAGUGAACAGAUGAAGAAGGCGAUUGAGGCCGAGCUGAAGAGGGUCCAGCAGUAUGCAGUGGAUGUGACUCUUGAUCCUGAUACAGCACAUCCUCAACUCAUCCUGUCUGAUGAUGGGAAACAAGUAAAUCAUGGUGAUGUGAAAAAGAAUCUCCCAGACAACCCUGAGAGAUUUUCUUAUUGUGCUAAUGUGUUAGGAAAGCAGAGUUUCUCUUCAGGCAGAUUUUACUUUGAGGUUCAGGUUAAAGAGAAGACUAAAUGGGAUUUAGGAGUGGCCAGAGAGUCGAUCAACAGGAAGGGAUUACCCUCUCUGAGUCCUCACUAUGGUUACUGGACUAUAUGUUUGAGAAAUGAAAAUGAGUACAAAUCUCUUGCUGGCCCUACAGUCGAUCUCUCUCUGAAGUCUCAUCCUCAGAAGGUGGGGGUGUUUGUGGAUUAUGAGGAGGGUCUGGUCUCCUUUUAUGACGUAGAUGCUGCAGCUCUUAUCUACUCCUUUACUGGCUGCUCCUUCACUGAGAAACUCUACCCAUUCUUCUGUCCCUGUCUUAAUGAUGGUGGUAAAAACUCCGCCCCUCUGAUCAUCUGUCCUGUCAAUCAAACUGCCUGA